GCGACGCUGCAUGUGUCCAUCGGCGGUCAGCGGAGGGCGUACGGACGAGAGUAGAGGGGUGCUCACGUCUUCAAGAGAUGCGGGGGAGCCCUCGUCGGUGAUAGUGACGCGGCGCCAGGUGCUGUUCCCGCCAAGUGCCCAGGCGAUGUCCCCUUCCUGCGCGUGGGUACGUAGAACGGGGAUGUGCGUGCAUGCAAGCGAUCAGGAUGAGGCGGGGUGGCGGGGAGUGAACGGACGUACAUGGAAGACGUAUGGCCAGGGCUGCGCGGCCCACGUCGGGUGGCUGGCCUCCUCCGGGGAGGCUUCUUUGUCUUGCGAGCGCGCGAGGGUAUUUGUGGGCGAGCAGGCGGUGCUUGCGGCGCUGUUGGUGGCGGUGGCAGGCCGCAGCGGUGCCCGCACACCGCUUUCAGUGCGGCGAGCGCGCGAAGAGCGCAAGACGGGAAGACGGAUGGGCAUUUGGAUGGAGAGUGGCAGCGAGAGGCGCGGCGCGGCGAUACCAGCGGGAUGCCCGGGUGCGAGAAAGGGAAGAUUGGAAGCCAGGGCGCUCCGUAUAAGGUCGGAAGCCACUGUCGAAGGUAAAGGAGCAAGGCGAUGGGGGUGGUGGAGGCAUCUCAGGGAUCGCGAAAGAUGGCUUGCUCGUGGCGGAUUGCCACAAAGCCUUGCCAACUGGCCUCGUGCUUACCAAGCGGAAUAGGCCAAGCGGGCUUUGAAAGGUCACCGCGCUUUCGUCGGAGUCGUGCCGGCCGGGAGGGCCGAGCUGGCUCUAUGCCCCUGGGCCACUUGACGGAGUAGCGGGAUUCAAAUUCCCGGUUGUGUCCGAGUCCAAUUACUAUCACUGGCCCUAUGUUCGGACAAACUGGACGAAAAAAAAUCCUGCCCUCUGUAGACUUCGCCUUGUACCCCCAAAAUUUGCACAAACAAUGCCUGCUAGACCUUUUCGAAGCCUGUAUACUUUAUUCUGGUGGAAAUGGGGAAAAAAGUAGAAAUUU